AAAGGAGGUGGUUACGGCUAUUCAAAUAGCCCUGGGAGAAAGCUGCAUAGACCCCACCUCAACACACAAGACAGACCCUGCUGACACACGCAGACGGCUACUUCCCCAUCCUUACCCAUACGGUGCAUCGAGUCAAACAAACACCAUGGCUGACAAACCCAACAUGACAGAAAUCACAACUUUUGAUAAAACUAAACUCAGGAAGACAGACACCCAGGAGAAGAACCCACUGCCAACCAAAGAAACUAUUGAACAGGAGAGACAGGGCGAGUCAACACCAUGAAUGAUGCUUGUACUGUAAAUGCACAGUCAUACGAGCAGGAUUGACAGCAGUGAGGAAGCAUGGCUGACAACAGAGGAGAGAACCGAACGACAGCAAAUCUCAGUGUUUUUAUUUGUUUGUUUUUUCCUCGUUUGUGUGUUUGAGAGUUGAAAAUGAAGGAAUAUAUUUCCCAAUCACAAGUAUGUAUUUUUACCCAGUGAGCCAAUAAAAGGGUUCAUAAAUGUGA